CACCAAACUACGCCAGAUGUAUGAAGACCUGUUGGGGUAAUUAAAAGGUCAUCAGCAUGUCUGAACUCACUAUUGUGAUGGUCGGGAAGACUGGCCAUGGUAAGAGCCGCCUGGGUAACUGCAUCCUGGGCCGAUAUGGCCAAAACAAGGCCUUUGCAUACUCUCCACUGGGAUCAUCAACGACAAAGCACUCCAUGAAAGAGUCAGCAAGGAUCAAUGACAUCCGUUUCCACGUCAUUGACACCCCGGGUGUGAUGGACACAGAUGCCAAGGGGGAUACGACCCUUGAAGAAAUCUCCAAAUGCCGUCAGCUGUGCCCAAAUGGUGUCAACGCCGUUCUCCUGGUGAUACCAUUUGGUCAAAAGUUCACCAAGGAGGAGGAGACCUCAAUCGGCCACCUGAAAACCCUGUUUGGAGAUGACUUGUUUAAGUAUGGCAUUGUCAUCUUCACGCAUGGGGAUAAAUUCGACGAAGCAAAAGAGGAUGAGCAACUCAACCAUUUCAAUCAAUACAUUGACUCACAGCCACCAUAUUUCAAAGAUGUUCUACAGAAAGUGAAGCAACGGUAG